GUACAAGGUUUCGAAAAUUGAAUCCCCCAAAAAAUAAUUUAAACAAUUUAAUGCAAUUAAACUGAUUAUAGAAGAAUAUAAAUAUGGCGGGAGGGAAAAAUAGUCAGACUGGAUUUCAACCGGAUUCCGAUGUUCAUAUAACUUAUGAGGAACAACAAAAAAUUAACAAAUUUGCUAGACAAAAUGCGAAGUUGGAAGAUUAUAAGGAAGAACUUAGAGUAAAACAGAACGAACUGAAGAAUUUAGAGGAUGCUUGUGACGAACUAGCUCUUAUGGAUGACGAUGCAAAAAUACCAUACUUUAUUGGAGAGGUAUUCAUCUAUCAUUUCCUUGAGAAAACACAGAGUUCUUUAGAAGAGGCUAAAAGUAAGAAAAAAGAAGAAAUUGCAAAAUUAGAGGGCAAAUGUGCAGAUUUAAAGACAAUCAUGUCUCAAUUAAAAACACAAUUGUAUGCGAAGUUUGGAACUCGUAUAAAUUUGGAAUCUGAAGAAUCAGAUUAAUAUUUUUCGUCAUUGAUGCAUUUAUUAUCAUUGUAUAUUUAAUAUUAGAAAUUUACAUUAUUAGUAUAAUUAAUAAUUAAUUGUGAGCAAAUACAACUCUUUAGUGUUAAAUUAUAAUUAAUAAAUAAUUAUAUACAUUUAUAUAAUUUUAUUUGCAUGGCGCAAUUUCCUUUGAGAGGGUUAAUAUAACUUAAAAUAGAAUUUAUUUAAAUAUUUCUUGCAAAUAUAUAACAUGUAAAGAUUUUUUAAAAAGAAUUAUUUGAACAAUGCUUCUUGAUUAAGAGAAUUAGCAAGAUUUACAAUAUCAUAAUUACAAGUUGUCUAGAACCCUUGACGGGAUUUGAUGACAAUGACUCAUAGAUUUCUAAAUGCUUUUUACAGAAAUUUUCUUUAACAGCAUGUACAUAUUGAUAUAUUUACUAUUUUCAGCGGACUAAUUACGUUCAAUAAACAUUCUUCCAAGUAA